GCGCCGGUAGGAGAGGCGCUCGAGCCUUCGCCCGCCCCGCAGUCGGCGGCUGCUGCGCCAGCGCUCGCUCGCCCGACAGGCAGGCAGGCCCGGCGGCCGACAGCGCUUGGCUCGCGCCCGGUGUCCAGCUCCGGAGUAAACGGCGCGCCGAGCGGCCAUGACCGCUGAGGAGAUGAAGGCGGCCGAGAGCGGGGCGCAGUCGGCGCCGCUGCCCCUCGAGGGAGUGGACCUCAGCCCCAAGCAAGAUGAAGGCGUGCUGAAGGUCAUCAAGCGAGAGGGCACAGGCACAGAGAUGCCCAUGAUUGGGGACCGAGUCUUUGUCCACUACACUGGCUGGCUGUUAGACGGCACAAAGUUUGACUCCAGUCUGGAUCGCAAGGACAAAUUCUCCUUUGACCUGGGAAAAGGUGAGGUCAUCAAGGCUUGGGACAUUGCCGUAGCAACCAUGAAGGUGGGGGAAGUGUGCCACAUCACCUGCAAACCAGAAUAUGCCUACGGUUCAGCAGGCAGCCCUCCAAAGAUCCCCCCCAAUGCCACGCUUGUGUUUGAGGUGGAGUUGUUUGAGUUCAAGGGAGAGGACCUGACAGAAGAUGAAGAUGGCGGAAUCAUCCGCAGAAUACAGACUCGGGGUGAAGGCUAUGCCAGGCCCAAUGAGGGUGCUGUCGUGGAGGUUGCACUGGAAGGGUACUACAAGGACCAGCUCUUUGACCAACGUGAACUCCACUUUGAGGUCGGCGAGGGGGAGAGUCUGGAUCUGCCUUGCGGGCUGGAGAGGGUCAUUCAGCGCAUGGAGAAAGGAGAACAUUCCAUUGUGUACCUCAAGCCCAGCUAUGCUUUUGGCAGUGUUGGGAAGGAAAAGUUCCAAAUCCCACCAUUUGCUGAGCUGAAAUACAAAUUACACCUCAAGAAUUUUGAGAAGGCCAAGGAGUCUUGGGAGAUGAGUUCAGAGGAGAAGCUGGAACAGAGCACCAUAGUCAAAGAGCGGGGCACUGUGUACUUCAAGGAAGGCAAAUAUAAGCAAGCUUUGCUACAGUACAAGAAGAUUGUGUCCUGGCUGGAAUACGAGUCAAGUUUUUCCGGUGAGGAAGCACAGAAGGCACAAGCCCUCCGACUGGCCUCCCACCUCAACCUGGCCAUGUGUCAUCUGAAACUGCAGGCCUUCUCGGCUGCCAUUGAAAGCUGUAACAAGGCGUUGGAACUGGACAGCAAUAACGAAAAGGGCCUCUUCCGCCGGGGAGAGGCCCACCUGGCCGUGAAUGACUAUGACCUGGCACGGGCUGACUUCCAGAAGGUCCUGCAGCUCUACCCCAGCAACAGAGCUGCCAAAGCCCAGCUGGCAGUGUGCCAGCAGCGGAUUCGCAAGCAGCUUGCUCGGGAGAAGAAGCUCUAUGCCAACAUGUUUGAGAGGCUGGCUGAGGAGGAGAGCAAGGCCAAGGCAGAAGUAGCUGCAGGAGACCAUCCCACUGACACAGAGAUGAAGGACGAGCAGAAGAACAACAUGGCAGGGAGCCAGUCUCAGGUGGAGACAGAAGCAUAGCCUCUCCCCAGCCCUUCUGUGGCUGCCUGCCUCCCCUGCUCCCUCCCCUGCUCCACCCUGUUAGUUUUGUAAAAACUGAAGAAUUUUGAGUGAAUUAGACCUUUAUUUUUCUAUCUGGAUGGUGGUUUUGAGGGGAAGGGGGAAAAGAAGUGGGCUGGGGGGGAUUGAGGUAGGGGAUAAUUUUAAGUGGUAUCACCCCCUCUUCCCCACCCAUUACACAUGAACAUAUAUCCAUCCGCACAUAUUCAUCAGAACGUUAAUUUAUUUUGCUCCCUCUGUUUGUUAGGUCCAUUUUUCCAGUGGUAGAAGGGGGCGAGUGGUAGGGAUGGGGUCUGAUGUGAAACCAGGGUGGAGAGGGAGACUCCUGGGCAGCUGUUUCCUCAUCCUUCUCCCCUCCUAGUCCAGUUUCAAACAUGUGGCCUCCCACGUGGGUGCUAGGGGCAUGGGAUAAACCACUGCUAUGCCCAUUACUUCUCUCUGUCCCCUUCCUCACCCCAGAUGGUGUGGCCAAUGGUAUCUUCUGGUGUCAGGUGACCACCCCCUUUACCCCCUUCCAGUAUUUCCCCUGCCUUCUCGGCCAGGUUGUGUCCCACCCCCUCAGCUUCUCUGCACGUUGCUGAAGGUCCAGGCUCACCUCAAGUUCUGUGCUUGAGCAAUAAAGUGGAAACAAUAAAA